UCCAGAUGGCAGAAAUCUGCUGCUGAAUUCCGCUAGAAUCUAUUUAAACCAAGUGGCACAUUGGCAUUUGAAUGGGAAUUUUUCUAGCACUCUAAUUCAGUGGUUGGCAAAACUUUUCAGUUCAACUUCCAUUUCAGGCCCAAUUUAUGGUCAAAACUUUGGUCAAGUCCGAAGGCUCAACCUUAAAGUGGACCUGUCCCCCAGACAUUUUCAAAUUAAACAUGAACUAUAUAAUUUUGUAGCCAGUGCAUGGGGAUGGACAUCUGGUCCCCCAUUUUGGUGCACCAACCAGAUUCUGAGAUGAAUCAAGGCUUGCCUUAAUAACAGCGUGUACAAAAUGGCUCCUGCUGUGAUCUGGAAUGAACAUGAGGAGAAAGAGAAAAAAAAAAAAAAAAGCUGCUCGUGCACACACUUGCCCUUCCUUCCUCUCUGCCAUGUCACAGUAUGCAAAUGAUCUCUCGACUAGUCAGAGAGAUAAGGACAGCUCAGUAAGCUAAGGGGCGGGGCUUCACUCUGCACCAGGAAGAAGGGGAAACAAGCUGCUGAUAACACAGGAACCAGAGCAGACUGGCAGCAGGAACUAAGAUUCUUUCCAGCCAUGCAUCACUUCAGCUUACUCUCCUUACUUGUUAUGCAGGCACUAGUGUUUGGUACUAGUGUCCAUGAUGCGGCAGUUAAUGAGUUUUCUAUCAAAGUUUACCACGAGCUACGAGCCACUAAAGAAGAUGAAAACAUCAUCUUCUCCCCUCUGAGCACUGCAAUAGCUUUAGGGAUGGUGGAAUUGGGAGCACGUGGAUCUAGCCUUAAAGAGAUACGACAUGUCCUUGGAUAUGACAAACUAAAGAAUGGUGAAGAAUUUUCUCUCUUAAAAGAUCUUUCCAGCAUGCUGACAGCCCAGGAAAAGCAUUAUGUGCUGAGCAUCGCAAACUCCCUCUAUUUACAGAAUGGAUUCCAUAUCAGUGACAAGUUCAUCCAGUUAAUGAAAAAAUACUUCAAGGCAGAAGUAGAGAAUGUAGACUUCAGUCAAGGUUCAGCAGUAGCAAGUCACAUCAAUUUGUGGGUGGAAAACCACACUAAUAACCGCAUUCGGGAUCUUUUCACAGCUGAUGACUUCAAUAAUUUGACAAAGUUGGUUCUGGUCAAUGCGCUGUACUUUAAAGGAAACUGGAAGUCACAAUUUAGGCCUGAGAAUACUAGGACAUUUUCCUUCACUAAAGAUGAUGAGAGUGAAGUGCAAAUACCCAUGAUGUACCAAAAAGGAGAAUUUUACUAUGGGGAGUUUACUGAUGGAUCUAAUGAGGCAGGAGGCGUUUAUCAAGUCCUAGAAUUGCCCUAUGAGGGGGAGGAAAUCAGCCUUAUAAUCAUUCUUUCCAGACAGGAGGUUCCACUGGCCACAAUUGAACCUUUACUGAAAGCCCCUUUGAUUGAAGAAUGGGCAAAUUCUGUGAAAAAACAGAAAGUGGAAGUUUACCUACCAAGGUUCAAAGUUGAAGAAGUGGUGAACCUCAAGGACAUCUUGAUGCGGCUUGGCAUAACUAAAAUAUUCUCCGGGGAAGCUGAUCUGUCUGCUAUAUCUGACAGCAAAGAUCUUUUUGUUGCCAAAGUGGUUCACAAGUCUUUCUUGGAGGUUAAUGAAGAAGGUGCAGAAGCAGCUGCAAGUUCUGGUAUGAUUGCUAACAGUAGAAUGGCUGUCCUGUACCCCCAGGUUAUUGUUGAUCACCCAUUUUUCUUUUUGAUUAGAAAUCGUAAAACUGGAUCAGUAUUGUUUAUGGGAAGGGUCAUGCAUCCAGAAACACUGACUACUUCUGCCCAUGAUGUUGAAGAGCUCUAAGCAAACGAUUCCACCCACCUGAAACAGUGAAGCACAUGUUUGCUAAUAAUACAUUUCAAUGUAUGUUGUACUGAUAUGUUUGUAACUGUCUACACUUAGAUGUUUUAUCAAAACCCUGCCCAGGCAAAAUGCCUGCAAUAUUAUUUCUUUUGCUGUGUUUUAUUGUGAAAGCUUGCCAAAUAAACUUAUAUUAACGUGAACUUUAUUUUUUUAGAGUAUUGUCAAAAGUUCUGAUUAUUAUUAUUAUAUAUAUAUAAAUAUAUAAAAAUGUCUCUGUAAGGAUACAAGUGAAAUAUUGCUUCUUUGUUGAACUAUAAAGUUGUGUUUUGGAAUUA